GAUCACCGUCUACGACGUUACGAAACGGGGGGACCCGGCGCCGUGUGAAAGCCGUCACGUCGCGACGGCGCUCAGUUUGCAUUCGUGCGCGCGUUGCUUCGUCGGCAGGUGACCGUGGAUUUUUUUUCUUGGAGCUAUCCGUCGUGGAAACGUUGAUGAGAACCAAUCCGAAUGCGACGGAUGUAACUCGGGAUCCUUUGAUCUCGAUGAUACCGGUCGUUGAACAGCUGACCGGCACGAGUCAUCCACCGCCGUCGACUCGCGGAUUGAAUUUUCGAACGCUUCGCGAAGAGAUGCGCCGUGCUCUAUGAGGACUUUGACCACACUCCAUUCUCGACGAAAUAACGUCGCCGAUCUUUCCCCAUCGUCGAGAAUUUCGAGCACAGGGACUCGGGUUCGUGGAGUGGACUUAUCGUCAACGUCAACGUUAUCGCAGAGGGUCCAUAAAACCGCCUACAGCCGCCUAUAGCCCGUUAGAUUGUGGAUGGUCUUGAGAAGAGGAGCAAGCGUCGCUUUAUACUUUAUACCGACCCUGAAGACAGCUCAUCCUACAAGAUGCAAUGUGAAAUGUCUAUUUCUUGUAUCUAAGCUUGUAUCGACUUUGCACAACAAUCUCUCGAUCAAUAAAUCGAAUUACGGAUAUUGACUGAUCUCGUAAAGGUAGCUUGAAAUGUAGGGCAACUGAAUCAAUUUAUGUACCGAAAGAUCAACGGUAGACCUGUCUUUAGCGUAUGACACCUGAGCGUUUUUAAACGAUUUCAAAUCUUACGAAAAACAAAGCACAUUGAAAAAGAUGUCGCCAAACGAGGAGAGGAUACCGCCGACGAUAUGUCCCAAGACGGAGACGGAUUGUAACGUGAAAAAUCGAUUGGCGAACGGUAAAACGGUAAAGAAUCAUGAAACAGCGACCCAGAAGAACGAUGACUCGACAUUACAGACUGAGUAUGUACCGAGGAUAAAGUGGCUGGAUCUCUGCGCACAAUUCUUCAUACACGCCGGUUGUCUAUACGGAUUUUAUCUGGUGCUCACACAAGCGAAACUGCUUACAACACUAUGGGUAUUCAUGACGAUUUAUACAUCUGGGUUUGGUAUUACGGCUGGCGUUCACAGAUUAUGGUCGCAUAAGGCGUACAAAGCAAAAUGGCCUCUGCGUCUACUUUUAGCCUUCCUCUUCACGAUAACAGGACAGAGAGAUGUGUAUACAUGGGCACUGGAUCACAGGGUACAUCACAAAUAUAGUGAAACCGAUGCAGAUCCCCAUGACGUGAGGAGAGGUUUCUUCUUUGCUCAUGUAGGAUGGCUUUUUACGACACCGCAUCCCGACGUCGUCGCCAAACGCAACGCGGUCGAUAUGAGCGAUCUAGAAGCCGAUCCCAUAGUUAUGUGGCAAAAAAGAUGGUAUUUACCUCUAUUUGCGCUUCUGACUAUUGCACUACCAGUGGGAAUUCCUUGUUACAUCUGGUCGGAAUCCUUGUGGAACUCGUUCUGGGUGAACUUCAAUCUUCGCUUCUGCAUCAAUUUGAACAUAGCCUUCUGCGUCAAUAGUGUGGCGCACAUGUGGGGACAGAAACCCUAUGAUAAGAACAUCUCGCCGGUGGAGAACAUUGCGGUGUCGAUCGCGGCGCUCGGCGAGGGAUAUCACAAUUAUCAUCAUGUGUUUCCAUGGGACUACAAGACCGGCGAGCUGGGUGAUUACCCAUUCAAUCUUACCACCGCCUUCAUCGACGCGUUCGCGCGAAUUGGUUGGGCCUACGAUCGGAAGUAUGUCUCGCCAAAUAUGAUUCGUCGCAGAGCGUAUCGAUGUGGCGAUGGGAGUCACAUUUGGGGUUACGGCGAUGCCGACAUCUCGAAAGAAGAUCUGGCAGAACUGGAUAUGAUGGAUAAUUACGAGCUGUGAGACUGAUAAUCUCAACGCGGGAAUAUGUCCUGAUCAGAUUCUCUCGGAUGAAUUGAACAAAUACGUUGAGAAACAUCUUCUAAUCCAUAUUAGAAUACUGUACUAGUUAAUAUACAUACACACGUGGACCAUGUAAAGUCUUUUUCAAAGACUCAGGCUUACCGUAAUAAUUGAAAGAUAUUUUAAUUGCAAGUUGAUAAAAGCGCAGUUAACUCUCGAUUAUAAUCAGUGAUUAACAAAUAAACAAUUUUAAUUGCAACAAUCAUGAAUCAUUCAUAAAAUUCAUUGUAGAAUAAAUACACAUUGGUUGUUUAUUUAUUAUAUAUUUUAAGAAUUUAUUAGAAGAAUUAUAUUGCAUUGUUUGUUGCAAUAAGAUAAUAAAAUUUUACUGUCGCAGUAAAAUAAUAAAAACAUGCAUUGAUAAAUUAUAAUAUUACAUAAUCGAGGGUUCAUUGCUUGAUACAAAGGAAGCCAAUACAUAUUGUUACGUUUUAUAUAAUCCGUAUAUUCGUUACUUUGUAUAAUUGUUAUUUGUUGUAACUAAUUACACAGGUACACAAAGAAAUGGUCGUUACUGGGACGCCACUAGUCAAUCUCUAUGUAUUUUGACGUGUUAAACACGAAUCCAGUGUCAGAAUUAUUUGCCUUUUUUUAAUCAAAAAAUGGCCUUAAAAAUCUUAAAAAUUGUAAUAAUUUCGCUGCAAGUGGAAAAUGGUGGGCAAUGGAGCAAUUCUGACACCGAAUUCGUGUUUAGUACGUCAAAAUACAUAGAGAUUGACUAGUGAGGUUCCAGUAACAGAACACUUCUUUUUUUGUGUGCUUGUGUUAUUGAAAUUUCUAUUAUACUGACGCAAAGUACAAUAAUCUAAAUAGAGAGAUCCGUUGUAUAUUGGAAUGUCUAUGAUAAAAUUGCGUAUAUUCUUAAAAUAUUUUUCUUUAGCGAGGAAAUGGCAUUCAUGAGUUGUUUUUGACGAUUUGUGCUAUUGAAAAAAGGAUAAAAAUAAAAUUGCUACAUAAUAUUAAGAUGAUUUUUUAAACAAAUCUUUUUCUUAUAUUUCAUGUGUUUUAUACAAUAACGAAAUUAUAAUAAAUAUUUCGUUAAAAUUUGAAAUAGAUGUCAGGACAUGUAAAUCCUGAUGAUAUAAAAUUUUUAAAUAUAAUUUGCUUUUAAGAUAAAAUUAUUUUAUAUAAUAAUAAGGUAUACUUUUUUGUAUUCUUACGUUUAAUUUCACGCUUUAUAUUUUGGUAUCUUAAAAUAUCACACCGACCAAUUAGUUUAAACAGAUUGUAAAUGAUAAUAUUUAUGGUGCCUUUUAUAAGAUAUUUUUUCCAACACAGUUCCUACAUUGUUCACUGGCGAAUUCUAUUGUUAUAUGCAUAUGUAUCCUUAAUUAUGUGUUAAAUAUGUUUAAUAUUUAAUACUGUAUAUUGAGAUAUUAAUAUGUUACAAUAUAAUAUGGAAAUUUUAUGUGCAA